GCCAUUUUAGUCACUUCACAAGGCAGCACCGUACGGGACCCCCCCGGAGCGCGUUUCUCGCGCGAGGCGCUAGUGCACCCUCGGGGUGGGGGACUCCCUGUGGCCCCUACAGAACGGGUGCCACAGGUGGGGGCCGGGCGAGCCAAGUCACACGCGACCGCUCUCAGACCUUUGCAGCAGCCGUGGUCAAAACUCUCCCUCCGGUAAUAAACUACCCUGAAGUCCAGAUGUCUUCAGCACGUGAGCCUCCAAACUCCACAAAGGAACAGCCCAAAGAGAGCAACUUUCGAAACCCAGGACUCAGAGGGGUCCGCACCACAACCUUAUUUAGAGCUGUGAAUCCAGAGCUCUUCAUUAAACCUAACAAACCUGUAAUGGCUUUUGGAUUGAUAACCCUUUCGCUUUGUGUGGCUUAUAUUGGUUAUCUACAUGCAACGCAAGAGAAUAAAAAAGACCUCUAUGAAGCUAUUGAUAGUGAAGGACACAGUUAUAUGAGGAGAAGAACAUCUAAAUGGGAUUAAUUCUGGUUACAAUACAUGGAAAACUUCAUAUAAAGCCGUCAAAUGAAAGACUCUGUAAGUGCACAGUAUUUUGUUACUUGUUCUAGAUUAUAUUAACGAGGAAAGAAGAUCGCUGUUGCAAACCAGAUCACUAUAGUAAAUUUAAAUUUUGUUCUUUCAAAACUGCAGCAAUUACCUCAUUCUUUUUCCAUGGAAAAGAGCCUCUCAAUAUUUUUCUUUAAAUCCCUCUUGUAGAAGUGCCAAGAGAAUGGAAGUUUGUUUAAUUAAUAAACUGUAUAAUAAAAGUACCCAGCUUGUUAAAUGUGCAUGCUAUUUAAGUACUUGAAGGUGAAUUGUGCAUUUACCACUGAUGGUUUUAGUUUUAUUUUGAAAUUUGCUAAGAUAGUGUUUAUUUUCUAGCUGGCAUAGAACUGUAUCUGUGAAGUAAAGCCUGUAAUCAACAUUAAAGACAGGUAGUUUAUACAGUCACAGAUGGUACAUAUAUUUUGGUUUUAUUUCAGCAAUUUUAGUCCAGAACUUUAUCUUAAUUGAAAAGU